UCUUCGUUCUCUUCCAGUAUUUUCCUGAAGGAGCUGGUGAACUACGAGCAGCUGCCGGAGGAUGUGGGCCACUGCUUCGUCACCUGGGCUGAUAAGUUCCACAUCUAUGUGGACUACUGCAAGAACAAACCCGACUCCAGUCAGCUCAUCCUGGAGCACGCUGGCAGCUUCUUUGAUGACAUUCAGCAGAGACGUGCGCUGGCAAACACACUCAACUCCUACCUCAUCAAACCAGUCCAGAGGAUCACAAAGUACCAACUUCUGUUAAAGGAGCUGCUGUCUUGCUGUGAAGAGGGUAAAGGGGAGAUCAAAGACGGCUUGGAGGUGAUGCUCAGCGUUCCUAAGAGAGCCAAUGACGCCAUGCACUUAGCCAUGCUGGACGGCUUUGAGGAGAACCUGGAGGUUCAGGGUGAGCUGAUCCUGCAGGACAGCUUCCAGGUUUGGGACCCGCGCGCACUGAUCCGGAAGGGCCGGGACCGACACCUCUUCCUGUUCGAGUUCUCAUUGGUCUUCAGCAAAGAGAUCAAAGACUCGGCAGGAAGAACCAAGUACCAAUACAAGAACAGACUACUGACGGCAGAGCUCGGGGUGACCGAGCACAUAGAGGGAGACCCAUGUAAAUUUGCCCUGUGGGCAGGAAGAACCCCGUCUUCUGAUAACAAAACUGUGCUAAAAGCAUCCAGCAUGGAAGCCAAACAGGAAUGGAUAAAAAACAUCCGUGAGGUGAUCCAAGAGAGAAUGACUCACCUGAAGGGGGCGCUGAAGGAGCCUCUUCAUCUGCCUAAAGCGCCUGCACUGACUAAGCCCAGGAACUUCUCUAAGAGGGAGGGAGGGGAAGAUGGAGACAGUCAGGGAGACGGCAGCAGCCAACCAGAUACCAUCUCCAUCACCUCCAGGACCUCCCAGAACACCAUAGACAGCGACAAGCUCUCCGGUGGGUGCGAGCUGACCGUGGUCCUCCAGGACUUCACAGCAGGAUGCAGCACAGAACUGUCCAUCAGCACAGGCCAGACUGUAGAGCUGUUGGAGCGGCCCACGGAGCGGCCCGGCUGGUGUCUGGUCCGGACCACCGAGCGCAGCCCGCCUCAGGAGGGGCUGGUCCCCAGCUCGGCUCUCUGCGUCUCUCACUCUCGGUCCAGUGUUGAGAUGGACUGCUUCUUCGGCUCAGGGAAAGAUAACUACCAUGUGAGCAGCUCUGACAGGAAGACCGAGUCUGUAGCGAACCUGCAGCCGCAGCCGUCCCUCAACUCCAUUCAGUCCAGUUCUCCAAACGUUCCCAAACGUUCUGGAAACCAGAAGUGGAAGUGGCUGCCCAGUUCAGGCCGCAGGAUCAGCUCCGGCAAGAAACCGCCCAGCACUAAGCAGAAGAAGCCAGAACUUGGUCCUGGGAGAGAUGGUGGUGGAAAGGCGAAUGAGCGCAGUCAGCCAGGAAAGGAGGACAAUGAAGAGAGGAGCAUCAAGGAUGGGAACCCUCCAUCGAAGCAGUCUCCUGGGAUACAGAGUGGUGGGGAGGAGGAGCCAGAGCCAGACGAUGAGCCCCACCUUCCUCUUCCUCCACCCAUGGAGAUCAUGAAGGACCCCUCCGCUUCUGAAGAAAAGUCUUCAUCCUUACUAACAUCUCUGCAGUCGUCCUCUGACGUCCCCAGCGCUGCAGAGCUGGUUAGCGCCAUAGAGAAGUUGGUUAAAACCAAGAUGACGGUGGAACCGUACCCUGGCUUCACCCCUCCAUCUCCACCUGAACAACACACACCGGUUCAGGCACGGAACUCCGAACAGGACCAGAAAGCCAAAGCUAUGAGACACCGGACGUUUGUCCUGAACGAGCUCAUUCAGACAGAGAAGGACUACGUCAAAGACCUGGGAAUCGUGGUGGAGGGAUUCAUGAAGCGGAUAGAAGAGAAGGGCGUUCCAGAGGACAUGCAGGGAAAAGAGAAAAUAGUAUUUGGGAACAUCCACCGCAUCUAUGACUGGCACAGAGAGUUCUUUGUCGGAGAGCUUGAGAAGUGUGUUGAGGACAACGGGCUCCUCCCAGAACUUUUCAUCAAGCAUGAGAGAAGACUGCACAUGUAUGUGGUUUACUGUCAGAAUAAACCCAAAUCGGAGUACAUCGUUGCAGAGUAUGACAAAUUCUUUGAGGGGAUCCAGCAGGACAUUCAGUCCAAACUGAGCAUCAGUGAUUUCCUCAUUAAACCCAUCCAGAGAAUUACCAAAUAUCAGCUGCUGCUAAAGGACUACCUGAAAUACAGCUCUAAGGCUGGCAUGGACUGUAAGCAAAUUGAGAAAGCUGUGGAGUUGAUGUCUGAGGUUCCUAAGCUCUGCAACGACAUGAUGAAUCUGGGCCGGCUUCAGGGAUAUGAGGGAAAUCUGGCCAAUCAGGGCAAACUGCUGCAGCAGGAAACCUUCUUUGUGACAGAGCAAGAUGCUGGAGUCUUGUCGCGAUCCAAAGAACGCAGAGUCUUCCUCUUUGAGCAAAUCGUCAUCUUCAGUGAACUGCUCAGGAAAGGCUCAUCCACACCUGGCUACCAGUUCAAAAAGUGCAUUAAGGUGACCAACCUGGGUCUGGAGGAAACUGUCGACAACGACGCCUGCAAGUUCGUCAUGUUCUCUCGCGGCUCAUCGGAGCGCUUCACUCUGCAGGCCGCCAACGUCGACACCAAGCAGGUCUGGAUCCAACACAUCCAGAACAUCCUGGAUGCUCAGAAUGACUUCCUGUCAGCUCUGCAGUCUCCCAUUGUGUACCAGCAGUGUCAAAGCAAAGACACUGGCUCCUCUCUGAUCAGACGGCCCUCAUCGUCAGGAAACCGGCCAUCAUCAUCCUCCCACAGCCGGCCGUCCUCAGCUCUGGACGGCCGGCUGGACUUCGGUGAGAAGAGCCCUUUAAAAGUGUCUACCUCCAAUGGCAGCUCCGCUUCCUUUGAAUCCAGUCAUGAUGACUGUAACGGCCUCUCCACCAUGCGGGUCACUCAGGACUACUCUGCACUUAAAGAGAACGAGAUAAGUGUCAGCAGAGGAGACGUGGUCCAUGUCCUGAGCAUCAAUCAGCAGAACAUGUACCUCGUUUCUCGGCCGGCCGACAGCCAGUCACCCGAGGCCGAGGGCUGGUUGCCGGGACACGUCCUGGGCCCGCCCGCAAAGUCCAUAAAAGACUCUUUCUCCACUUCCUCCUUCCCAGCCGCUGUGGCAGAUGCCAACAACAUCAAGAAGUCUUUGUCAUGGAACACGCUACGCGCUAGGAAACGUGCUGAAUCCAGGGACAGCUCCUUUCUGGGGUUCAGGAGUCAGGAGAACAGCCUCCUCCGCAAACCCAAAGAUGGCGCAGUCUCCCCCCUCCCGCUAGCCCUGCCGAGCCCCAGCCACAAGGCUAAAGACCUGCACACCUCUGACGAGUCAGAAAGUGAGGAAGACCUUGACCCAAAGACGGGCAUGGAGCUUCUUAACCCAAACUUCAUCCAGGAAGUGGCCCCGGAGUUCCUGGUACCGCUGUCAGAUGUGGUGUGUGCAUUUGGGGAGACAGUCGUCCUCUGCUGUAAAGUCUGUGGACGACCCAAACCCACGGUAACCGUGAAGGGCCCCGACCAGAACCUGGUCACCAGUAACAACCGCUUCACCAUUGAUAUCAGGGACACUGGUGACAUCCUGAUGAAGAUCUGCAACUUAAUGCCUCAGGAUACGGGGAUCUACACCUGUGUUGCUGUUAAUGAUCAUGGCUCUGCUUCUUCCUCUGCGUCCAUUAAAGUUCAAGGUAUCCCAGCAGCCCCGGGGAGGCCUCUGGCUCAGGAGGCGUGCAGCACCACGGUGCUGGUCCACUGGCCUCCUCCAGCUUCAUCUGCUCACUGCGCCAUCACCAGUUACGAAGUAGAGUACCGGCAGGAAGACUCGUUCCUGUGGCAGCAGGCGGCCAGCUGCAGGGAGGAGUGUGUCCAGAUCGAUAAUCUUAUUCCUGGAGGCCACUAUCAAUUCAGAGUUCGAGCCUCCAACCGCUGGGGGGUUGGCCCUCCAUCACAACCCUCAAAUAUGGUCACACUGGGCAGCUGCACCUCUGGGUGCGAUGGAACAGGGAUUCAUUGGAAAGACAGUUUUGAGUCAGUCUUCACUGAGAUCAGCGAGAUUGGAAGGGGGCGCUUUUCAGUCGUGAGAAAAUGUUUGAACAAAUCAACAAAGAAAGAGGUUGCUAUUAAGUUUGUGAAUAAGAAGAUGCAGAAGAAAGAGCAGGUAGCUCAUGAAGCAGACAUUCUCCGACAUGUCCAGAAUCACCAGCUGGUGGCGCUGCUGGACACUUAUGAGUCUCCUACCUCUCUGAUGCUCAUCCUGGAGCUGCUAGAAGAUGGACGUUUGCUUGAGUAUCUCGUUGCCCACGAUGAGCUGAUGGAAGAGAAAGUAGCAUAUUUUAUCAGAGAAACUUUGGAGGCUCUCCAGCACCUUCACACCUGCAGAGUGGCACAUCUGGAUCUCAAGCCUGAGAACAUCAUGGUGGAUCUUAGAGCUCCGGCUCCAUCUGUCAAGCUCAUCGACCUUGGUGACGCUGUCCAGCUCUCUGCUAGCCGCCGAUAUGUCCACCUCUGUCUUGGAAACCCAGAGUUUGCAGCCCCCGAGCUCAUUCGAGGUACGCCGGUCUCUGUUUCGACAGACGUGUGGAGCAUGGGCGUGCUGGCCUACGUGAUGCUCAGUGGCGUAUCCCCAUUUCUGGAUGAGUCGCCGGAGGAAACGUGUGUAAACAUUUGCCGCCUGGACUUCUGCUUCCCGGAUGAAUACUUCCGUCAUGUAAGUCAGGCGGCCAGGGAUUUUGUGUCUUCGGUGCUGCAGGAGGAUCCCAGGAAGAGGCCUAGUGCCACUUCAUGUUUACAACACCCGUGGGUGGGCCGGGGGGGCGCUCAGGGAGGUGAGUACUCCAAGACGCCCCUGGACAGGUCGAGGUUGGCCACAUUCAUCGAUCGGAGAAGACAGUUACACGAUGUCCGUCCCAUCACCAACAUCAAAGGUUUGGUGAGCAGCACUAUGGGCAACACACUGUGAUGGAGAGAACCAUGAACAGUUUGUCCAUCUGUGAACACCAACACUGAAAUGUCUUUACUACUUUACUGUCUUAUGGACUUAUGAGUAAAAAAAAAAAAAACAACGUUCCCAUUUGGUCCAACUUACAAUCUUCUUGAAUCUGGCUGGGUCACUGUUUGUAAAACUAUUUGUGGCUCAGAACAGUUAUUUAUUCCACAACUUGUUAAUUUAUUUAUUAUUUUUGUUUGUUUGCUUUAAAAUACAUCCACUAUAACCCAAAGAAAUCAUCUCAGCCAUGUAGAAAGAGAUGAAACCACUCCGGAAUCACUAAACAGGAGCCAUCGCUUCUUAGCCACAAUGUUCGUAUUUACACCAAGAUUUACAGGCUGCAUUUAUGGAAGAGAAGCUAAAGUUAUUUUUCAUGUAAAUUGUUCACAUCUUACAGAAAACUUUGACAAAGCCGACAAGCAUCCUGCACUUUCAUCCGUUUCUCUGGCAAAGACGUGAACAAAAACUACUGAAAAAUGUAGUGGCAUAAUCUCACAAUGAACAAUUAUUUUAUAUCAUUAUAUUAAUCCAAUUGGGUGAAGUUUAGCAAUAAUAAAUACAUGUUUUUUUUUUUUUUUUUUUUGGGGGGGGGGGUUGCAUUAUCUUGCUGAAAGUUCCAAUGAUGACCCUUUUAUAUUUCCGUACUUUGCAGGCAUUCGCAAAUCGUUAUCACAUUUCAAAGAGGUAAUGUCACCAUGCACUUGAACAAGGAUUUCAGGGCCUUUGGAGGACAACAGGCCCGCAGCAUCACAGAUCCUCCACUAUGCUUGAUGGGCAUGAUGUGCUUCUACAUAGUCAUUCUUUGCUUUAUUGCAAACCUUUUUCUAGUGGUUUUGUCAAAAAGCUCCAUCUUAGAAUCCUUGGACUAAAAGACAGGAUUCCAUUUAAAGUCCACAACGAGUUUCAACAUGAUUACGAUGGACAAACGUCUUUCUGGCAUAACUUCCAAACAUUGGCUGUUAAAAGAGUCUUGGGGUCCACAAAGAUCAAUACUAACAAUACAUUCUAAAUCCAAAUUCAACAUGGCAGUGAAAAGGAGAGGUCUUUUGGAGUCUGUGGUUUCCCUACAUGUUGCAACACGGUUUAUCUAAACGUUGAACAAUGCCGAGCCUUAGCAGCUCUGUGGUUGGUGUGUAAUACGUGUUCAUCAGAGCACACUGCUGAUCGAGAACACGCAGGAGGCAGAGCUCUUCAUCCACCCUGCUGGGAUGGAAAGCAGAGCUCAUUGUCAAACAUUACUUUUGGAAAUGUUUUCGAAUUCUUUAGAUGUGCUUGUGUUGAAUUGGUUUAAGCUCGCUGUUUUUUAAUUAUUAUUGUUAUUAUUAUUACUUGACAGAAUGGAUGUAAAUGUUAACUGAGAUCCAACCUCCAAACUUACUGCACCCCAGAUUUCUUCGGGCCCUUAUACAGGCUCUAUAAUUCUUUGUGUUUGAAUGAUUAGAAGAAGAUUGAACCAGAGUUAUUUUCCUGUCGGAUGGAACAUAAUCAUCACCUGGACUCUUUGUAAAUGUCCCUUUUCUGUAUUAAAGACUUCUGAAUUGAUUUGAACAGACCGACCAAUGUAACGCACACGUUUAUUUUGUAAUAAUUAUUCAACUUGAACGAAAGCAGGACCAGCAGAAACGCCGGAUCUGUAUUAAUAGAACCUGCUGUGAUCCCCAAUAUGGUGAAAACCACACAACUACUACUGUUAGAUUCACAGUUGAUCCUUUUGCACCAGUGUAAAACUGUACCUUCAAGUGUAGUUUUGAAUGUUCUUGUUCUGUUUGACACUGUGUAAAGAUAACAGAGACCACUUGUUCUCCCAAACAGCCGAUGCUCAGCUGCAGACGUCUGGCUCUGAACUGCUGGAAUUCGCACUGAUAAUCAGCAAAACUAAAGGAAACAUGGCACCUCUGUCCGUAUUACUGUUUAAGGAGACAUGUGUGUAGUUUACAGAACAGCAAAACUAUCAGGGAUCAUCUGCAUGUAAAACCACCUGGGAUGUCUUUAAAAUCAGAUUGUAAACGUGUCUGUUUCAGGAAGUUAGUGUCUCGGUGAUCCAGUGAACGUGUAGAGAAGUGAGCUCCAUUGUACAUUUCCAGCCUGACCCAGCCACUGUGGCAAACAUCCUGCCUGGACUUGUGAUGAUGUCACUGCUUGGCCGAUCUCGAAGACAGAUGUUUACUUUUCCGCUCCAAUUUAACGAUGAAUGUAUAAAUUAGAGAAUGUGUUCUGUAAGUAUUGCGCCGUCAUAGACCACUGUCCCUACAUCAGCAGCCUUAGGAAGCGUUCAGUGUGCCAGGCUUAAGAAGCAGCUGUAAUAUAGCGACCAUCAAGAAGGUUGUGUUGGUAACCGUCUGUGUUUAUUAGUGCAGCUGUAAUAAAACCUGCUCAGGUUUCUGAAAACACUGGCAGAUUUCAGCCAAAUCUGUUUAGCACUGUUACUCACUCAGUAGAGCAUCUACCGCUGAUAUAAUAUAAUAAUCUCCAUUUCUUUUCAGUCACUGCCCAAAACAACCCAAUGAUAUUGAAAGCUGCAACAAAGGAAGCUCACGCCUAUGGGUGAUUUUAACCACCCGCUGUCCUGCGUGUCUAAGAUGUUUCUCCACUCCAGCACAGCUGAUUUAAAUAAUUACAUUACCUCUUCAGCAUGCCGUCAGCUGCUGCUGAAGCCUGUUAAUCAGUCACGUCAUUUGAGCCAGGUGUGCAGCAGCAGGGAAACGGCUAAACCCGAAGACCAGGGUUGGGAUCUCUGGUUUAAAGAGCGCCGUAGUCCAGGGAUCCAGUCAGCGAGAAAAGUCUUCGUGAAAAGAGAAGACACCUUUUGUCACGCCCCGCAUAAAGUGUGUGGGCUUCACCAGAGCAGUGUUGAUAUAAUACAUCCAACGAUUAAUUUAAAUAAAUAAAUCAACAUCAUAAUGUGUGAAAUAUCCAUAAGAAGGAUGAGUUCUGUUUUUCCAACUAAACAAAUUCCAACACACUAAAAGCAAGGAGAUUCUGCUGUACUCAGAUUAAAACUGAUUGAAAAUGUUGACAGCCAAACAUA